AUGGAGACCAUGGUGUCGGCGCUGACCUCAGUCCUGGCCGGCAGGGGCGGAGGCGGCCAGAAGAGAGAGAGGGAAGAGCUCCUCAUCCCCGGACGCUUCAGAGGUUCGAACACCCCACUGAUCCUCUCUCUUCCCGGUUUCAUCCCUUCGGAGGCAGGAGACGACGAUUGCUUAUCCGCUUCAGCUCUCUACAUCUCUCCACAUCUCUCCACAUCUUUCUACACAUCACCAACAGUCUUCUCUAACCUCCCCGCGGUGCAGCUUUUGACGAGUCAACCCGGCCGCCGCCGGCAGUGGCGGCGGAAGUCUCCUCCUCUUCCGCCGCCGGCGACGGCAGCGGCGGCGGCGGGCCGCACUACCGUGGGGUGCGGCGGCGGCCGUGGGGCAAGUGGGCGGCGGAGAUUAGAGACCCAAAGAAGGCGGCGCGCAUCUGGCUGGGAACCUUCCAGACGGCCGAGGCGGCGGCACGUGCCUACGACCAGGCCGCUUUCCGAUUUCGCGGGAACCGAGCGAAGCUCAAUUUUCCCGAGGUCCUGUGGCCGCCGCCCGGCCCACUGGACCCUCAGCCGGGCCAAUUGGUCGACCUCAGUUCCCAACCCAUUAUCUCGACCCGUCAUCAGGCCCACGACGACGCUCAAGACUACGCCGCGUAUGCCAGAUUCCUGAAAGACUACAGAGACUGUCCUGGUCAGUUCACCGCCCCAGCCGACCAGUAA